AUGCCCGUGGACCUCAGCAAGUGGUCCGGGCCUUUGAGCCUGCAGGAAGUGGACGAGAGGCCGCAGCAUCCACUGCAGGUCAAAUAUGGCGGGGCGGAGGUUGACGAGCUGGGCAAAGUGCUGACACUCACCCAGGUUAAGAACCGGCCCACCAGCAUUGCAUGGGAUGGCCUUCAUCCAGGUAAAUUGUAUACCUUGGUCUUGACAGACCCGGAUGCUCCCAGCAGGAAGGACCCCAAAUACAGGGAAUGGCACCAUUUCCUAGUGGUCAACAUGAAGGGCAACGACAUCAGCAGUGGCACGGUCCUCUCCGAUUAUGUGGGCUCUGGGCCUCCCAAGGGCACAGGCCUUCACCACUGCGUCUGGCUGGUUUAUGAGGACAGGCCACUGAAGUGUGAUGAGCCCAUUCUAAGCAACCGAUCUGGAGACCACAGUGGCAGAUUCAAGGUGGUAAAUUUCCGCAAAAAGUACGAGCUCGGGGCUCCGGGGGCCGGCAUGUGUUACCAGGCCAAAUGGGAUGACUAUGUGCCCAAACUCUACGAGCAGCUGUCUGGGAAGUAGAGGAAAG